UUCGCCCACUGUUCAGAUAUUCAAACGAACCGCGCUUUGCUCGGCGAUGCUCGGCUCGUGUUUUUUCGAAAGCUCUACUCGAUGGGUUUGGCAGCAGCAGCUGAGCAACCGCCAGGUGUGCUGGGAAUCUAGCGGAAGCUCCGGGAGCUCUGGUUUUCGGUCGCUAGUCGCAGGGUUCGAGCGCUCGAGGGCGGGUCGUGGUGUGUACAUAUGUGAGUGACUCGCGUGCGCGCGCGCGCCUGAACUAGCGAGCAGUACAUCCAUAGACUAUAUAUAAAAGAGGAUUUUGCGGCGAGAGAGGUCACGUGACCCUCGAAGGAAGAAGCAAAUACGAGCGGGCAGGAAGGUGGAGCGAGAGAAUCGCGAGAAAUAAAAAGAGGAAGGAGGAACUCGAGGAGAAGAGGUGCGUGGUGGUUAUGCCGCUGGUUUUAAAGAAGAGAGAGAAAAAAGUAGAGAAGACUCUCGGGCGGUUGUGCUGCUUUCGGAGCAGCAGAAAGUAGACGACGGUGAUUAUUUCACGCUUUGUCUUUUUCUCCGCUACCUCUCUUUCUCCAUCUCCUCGUCGCGAAGGCGACGCUUUUUACCACUAAGGCUAUCGAUCGUCGUCGUGCCUACGUCUUCGAACGAUUUCGCACCGUCGUCGCGAACCCGUCGCGUAUCGCACGCACAAUAAUCAGCCUACUUCAGUACGUAUACACUCCUCUUCCUGCCCGCUCCUUCCCCCGUCUUUCCGCGCCGGUUUCCACCGCUGCGUUACCGCUCCCUCCUCUCGCCCACCGCUGUGCGUCUCCUCUUUGCCGCGUGCGCGUUCCCGUCGAGGGGGCCGGUCGCCUUCGUGGACAACGCUCCGUGAACGAGCGUUGGGGGGGUAAGGGACCGACCGGGAGCACAGGUGCAUACACACACGGAACACGACACGACGCGUCGCGGCUCCAACACGGCAGCGAGGAGAAGGUCCGUGCGCGGGGGAGGAGCGGAGAGAAGAAGGAGGAGAGACACACGCGUACAGCGGCCGCAGAAGUAGUACCGAGCGAACGGUCGCGAGUGUUGGAACGUGCAGUGUCCGCUCUUUCGCGGUUCCAUCCGCCGCGAGUCGCUCGCUCGUUAUCGCAGAGCACAGUGCCGUUGUUGUCGAGGUACGUCAGUCGGCAAGAUGAACGAUAGUGCGGAGCCGUCGUCGGACGCGGCGGCGGUGAGCGAGAAAGACGACGGACGCACGAAAUCGCGGACGGCGAUCGACGACGAGUCGACCGGUCGAACAGCUGCCCCGACUCCUGGCCCCGCCGGUGACAGCACGACGACGAUGCUCGAGCCCGAGUGCCGCGGUCAGCGGGCCUCGAUGAGGGGAACCCCGGUAAUACGUGCAGCUACCUCCUAUCCGCCGCCGCCGCCGCAGCAACCGCCGCCGCCGGGGUGUGGCUGCGUCGCAGCCGCGGUCGACAAGGACGAGAUCACCGUGAAUAUCACGCCGACCACCGGCGGCCAGUUCGAGCUCACCGUCGACCGUAAUGAUACGGUGGAGAAUCUCAAGAAGAUCAUCUCCAAGAGACUCAAGGUCGUCAAGGAGCGAAUCUGUUUACUACAUCGCGAGAGGCAGCUGCGUGAGGGAACGCUCGAGGAAAACGGCCUACAACAUGGUAGUCGGCUGACGUUGCUGCCGAGCGUGGAAACCGGACUACUGGCACAGCGGCCGGAGCAGAGCGUGAUGCAGGCCUUGGAGAGUCUGAAUGAUUCACAGGUGAACGACUUUUUAUCCGGCAAGGCCCCGUUGAACCUGACGAUGCGACUGGGCGACCACAUGAUGUUGAUCCAGCUGCAACUGUCGACGGUAACCCCGGCCUCGCCGACUGCUGCUAAUCAGACCGCGAGCUCGCCCGGUGGCAACAGUAACCAGAGUAACGUCAGUGGCUUGUCCAAUAGCAGCGGCAAUAGCUCACACGUGUCCAACUUAGCGGGCAGUCACGUCACCUCGUCGUUGCAGACUAGAAGAUGUCCCGCGCUCACACGCUCGUCGAGCAGCAGCGGCGUCAAGUUGCAGAGCAACGGUGUGCCGGCCAGGACGUCGCAUCUCAUCAACAGCUUGGCGAACGCUCUGCACGCUGCCGCUAAUUGCGGUACCAGUCUGUCCACCGCCACCACUACGACUACCACGACCAGUUCGCCGGUGUGCUCCGGUCGGACGACCUCGGCCGUCGUCAGCCAGACGACGACGUCAUCUUGCAACAACAAUAAUAAUAGUAACAACAACAACGCUCAGUCGCAAUCGUCGCGCGGCAAUCACGUUUCCCCCACCAGCAACGGCUCAACCGGCGGUAACGGGUCGUCCUGUCUACCCUGCCCGCUCUAUCACCAUCACCAUCACACCAACCACCAUCAUCGCCUUCAUCACCACCACUACCACCACCACCAUCAUCACUCGAGGGACAAGCAGCCCGGCAUCAGAUACUAUUCCACUACCUUCUCCUCCGCCACCACCGCCUCUUCCUCCUCUGCCAACUCUUCUUCUUGCUCCUCUAACCACCCGAUUCAGGACCAGUCUACCUCCAACAGCCACGGCUGCGUUGACCUGACCACUUACGACACGACGUCCAGGAAGAAGCUUUGUACCGGUUUACAGCAGCAGCAGCAGCAGUCCAACGGUAUGGACGCCACGAGGAGUCAUGGCGUCGUCAUGACGGACAACGCCGAGUCGAGAGACCCGCAGAGCCCAACUUGCACGUCGCUGAUGGAGCAGCCAGCUAAGCCGGCUACCCUCGACACCCGAGCACUCGCCGAAGCGUCUCGCAACCUCACGCAGAAACUCAAGCAGCUCUCCUCUGAGGUAUUCACCUCGCGGGUCGACCUCGCAGAGGAAAAUGCGAGACGCAGACAGGGGGCCAUAAUAGAGAGUAUGCAUCAUCACGGCAAAGGUGUGUACUCCGGUACGUUCAGCGGCACUUUGAACCCGGCUCUUCAGGACAGACACGGCCGGCCCAAGCGUGACAUCAGCACCAUCAUUCACAUUCUGAAUGACCUGUUGUGCGCGACGCCAGCUGCAUCCGCAGGUCAUUAUAGGCAUCACCACCACAGGCAUUCGCACAGCCGUCAGCAGUCCUCCUCGGUGUCCACAUCUUCCACGGGAACGUCAACAACUGCAAGUGGAUCUACUACGUCGGUCGGUUGCCAUGAUUCCACCACGCCGGGAUAUUCUACUGAGGAAUUAUCGAAGGAGAACGAGGCGACGAAGGGCAAGAUGCGUCGUCUGCGCUUAGUCAUGGAGCAACGUCGCGCCAAGAGGAAAGCCAGACGACAGGCGCGGGCCGCGCCAUACACCACGCAGUGGGCGGCUGUGACACCCGCCGAUCCGAACCACGAGCCGAACACGUCGACCGCGGGCACCGGCACCACCAGCACCAACAGCGCGGAGCCGCAGAACGAGCCGGAGCUCCCGCCGUGCAGUCCGGAACCGGUCGUAGCUUAAACAAUUACGUCACCAGUCAAUUCUUGACGCAGUAAUAUCCUCUAUUGUGUAGAUACUUAGGAUAAUUCUCACGUUUCUUUGGUUUUUUUUCUCUCCUGUUUUUUCUCUGUCUAUCGCACUGAUUUAUUCCAUAAAAAAAUGCAAGGAUAAGGGUCCUACACACACACACACACACACGCGCGCGCGCGCGCACACCUGUAUACUUUCACCGCGGCCACCACAGUUCCUCUCGUGCCUUGAGCUCUACAGUAUGCUGGAGUUGAGCCUUCCUUGUACUAAACUGUAGAAAUCUGCGGCUCGCCGAAGAAUAGAUUGGAGGGACAUCUGUCUCUUUUGUACAUAUUACUGUGACAAAGAUAAGGGUAUAUCUAGCGCGUAGAAUAGGCUGAGCAUUGCCAUUGAAGAGCUGAAGUCAAGGUCGAAGGACAGAGAUAUGUUAAUAGUGUCUAUUUUCUUUGUCACACAGUAUUACAGUAGGAGGGGGCGAUAUAGGGGAAGCAGAAAAGUGAGAAUGAACAUAGCGACAGAAAGAGAGGAAUGAUGUGCAUUAGUUUAUGUGAGAAGACAUAAAUAAUACGCAUGUGCGCUCGUAGUUACUGGUUCAUAAUACUUAUGUAUCGUUUCUCCUCGUUCCUUCCACCAGCUGCAUAAUUAGACAAUGAAAGCAUCGCUGGCUUUAUUGCCCUCUCUUACUAACGCCAACUUCAGCUGUCCAAUGGGAGUGCUCAGCCUAUUCUACGUGUCCAGCAUGUGUGCAUCCUUUUCUACGAAUGGGACACCCCCACUCCUUGGUGGCUCACUCUAUUAUACUAUAGAGCUCAAUGGUUUCGUGCGAGUCGUAUUCUGAAUCCACGCGUUCUUCUGAAACGCCGCAACGUUUCUCACAAUCGGUCUGAUCUCGUUGCUUUUUUAUCUCUCUAACUGUCUGUCUCGAAAUAUCGUUAUCACAGAUCUACCGAGUUUCUGCAAGUGUCUCCCUAACGCGUUACCUUGUGAUGUGUAAAACACGCAUGAGACAAACGGACGGACUGGAAGAUCCGAAAUGGUCCUUUCCUCCCCCCUUCUCUCUCUUUCUUUCUCCUUGAAAUUCUCCGACUCGAGAUCCGGUUUCAAACGUCGGUGCAAUGCACGGCGAUGCGUCGUUCGCGCCGAUCCGCCGGUUGUCGGAACGCCGAUGUUUCGCCGCAACAUCCGGCUAGGAUUCUCUCAGGACUUUCGAUCGUAGCUGACAAUAAUUGCGAAUGAAUCAGUGUGACGCUUAUGUAUCUACGCACAUCAGCCGCGCGCGGUCAAGGAGGUCGGUGGAAUCCGCUCGAGGAAGCGGAGGGGUCCUAAUCGCGAGAGACUUCCCCCCCCCCAGGAUUAAAACUCGACGGAGGCGCGCGAAGAAAAGCGACGGUGGUGGAAGGAAAAGAAAGAAGACACGCGGGGCGUGAUCGUCGUACGUUGUAACCUCGUUACACGUUCCAUACAGCGAUAAAUAAUUAUUCUCUCGUUAUCAGGCGUUUUUAAUCGGAGUCUCUUAUGCGAGUAGAUACGUGUAGAGAGAUACCUUAAUCGCGCGCGUCGGAUCGAGACCGUCUCCGAGAAAGCAAAUGGCCCCGUCUCGACGGCAAAUUGUAGCCGCGCGGAACAACGGAGAGUAGUAGAAGCUGUGUUAUGAUCCUCGCGCGGAACCUGUGCAAGUCUUUGUAUUUUGUCCCUUACGGACCGGUUGAUCUAAAUCGUGAUCUUCGUUUUUCUUUUUUGUAAGUAGCAAAUGCACCUUCCGUCAAGGUUUUUAUUUUGCGACAGGAUGUGUAUGCAAGAUGUAAAGGGAAGCUUAUUUGUUGAGCCGCGGAGAAAAUGAUCGGAAUGUUCCGGUGAAAAGAAAAAAAAAACUGAAGUAAAAAAAUCGGCAAAAUUAGAAAAAAAAA